CGGGCUCUGAGCAGCCCGCGGGCCGCGUGGGGCGUCGCUCCGUGCCUGGGCUCGGGGCGCUCCGCUCGGCACAGCCUUUAGCCAGUCCACAGACGCCCGAUUUGCACGGAGAGCCGUGUCCGUGCCGGAGCCGCGGGAGGGGUCCCGCAGGCCCUGUUCCCCGUUGCUGACCUCGCUUUGCGCCUGCGUGAGCGGCGGGGCCGCGGCCCAUCAUUAAGCGAUGGUGAUUAAGGGCCUCGCGGCGCCGCUGCCACUUCCGUCGGAGCGGAGUGACCCCGAGCUGCGCUGCCGGCAGGUCCAGGGGCGGGUACCAGUGUCUGAGUCUCUCAGUGUAUGUGCGGUAACAACAUGUCUGUCCCCCUCCUUGCUGAUGCAGUGACUGUCUCGGGGGCAGAGCGGGAGACUGCUGCGGUCAUUUUUUUACAUGGCCUUGGAGACACGGGGCACAGCUGGGCUGAAGCUCUCUCCUCCAUCCGCCUCCCCUAUGUGAAGUACAUUUGCCCUCAUGCACCCCGGAUCCCAGUAACCCUCAACAUGAAGAUGGUCAUGCCUUCGUGGUUUGACCUGAUGGGCUUGACUCCAGAUGCACCUGAGGAUGAAGCCGGGAUCAAGAAAGCUGCAGAGAGCAUUAAAGCAAUUAUCGAGCAUGAGAUGAAGAACGGAAUCCCACCCAACCGUAUCAUCCUGGGAGGCUUCUCACAGGGCGGUGCCUUGUCACUGUACACGGCUCUCACCUGCCAGCACCAGCUGGCUGGCAUUGUGGCGCUCAGCUGCUGGCUCCCACUGCACAAGGCCUUCCCACAGGCAGCGAGUAACGGUGUGAACAAGGACAUUGCCAUCCUGCAGUGUCAUGGGGAGAUGGAUCCUAUGAUCCCUGUCCGCUUCGGGGCCCUCACUGCUGAGAAGCUAAAAUCUGUUGUCACCCCUGCCAAGGUCCAGUUCAAAACCUAUCCUGGCGUGAUGCACAAUUCCUGUCCUCAGGAGAUGAUGGCAGUGAAGGAGUUCAUUGAGAAGCUGCUGCCCCGGAUCUAAGCAGAGCCAGUCGAGACUGUCGCAGGGAAGGAUGCCGAGGUCGCAGCUGCCAAUCUUUCCCCUGUGACCCGUCCGCUGCAAACGGAAGCCAUGGCACCCACCCUUGCCUCCCACCACAGGCUGGCCCCCACCUCUUCCCAUCUCCUUGCACCGCCUCCUCUCUGCCGGGGGUGCCCUGCCCCCCGCUGCUCUCAGAGCUGAGGUCAGAGCGCUCUAAGGCGAGUCUUCGAGUGGCCUUUUCUCUCCUCUCACUCUGAGCGGUUUCUGUGGGGAUCACCAUCCCCUCAAUUUCCCAUUCAGGCAGUGCAGUGUGUGAGGCUGUCAUGGUGCAGGCCAGUUGUUUUUGUUAUUUGUUUCUUUUGUAACAGUGUUAGGGGUGGGACAUGCCUGGUGCAGCGGGAGGAGUGGAGUGGGCACAGGACAGGGCCUCACGGCUGCUCUCAGCCUCCACUCAGGCGACUCACGGGUUUUCAAUCAGAGCUCAGGAACCCGGGACUCUCCUGCAAAUGCCUCAAGGCCCAGGGAGAGGCUCUGCUCUGGGUUGGUACUGCCAAAGGCUGCCCCAACCCCAGGGGCUGGCAGAGCAGCGGUUGUGCAGCUCCCACACCUCUGUGCGUGGGGCUCUGGCCCUUGCCCUGUCACACACGCACACUCCCCUUGGGCUCGCAGCAGCUCUGUCCUCCUCCAGAUAAUCACCUCCUUCCUCCUCGUCCUGUCUUUGCUUUUACAAUCUCCUCCUCAGCCCUGGAUGGGUGCCCACAGGGGUCUCACCCUCCGUCAGCCCAGCUCUGCAUCCAGGUGCUGCUGUUUACAGCUGGCUGCUUAGCGCCUCUGCCACAAAGCCUACCCUGUGAUGGCCAGGUCCUUAAUGUCUCUCUUGCUGCUACUUCUCCUUCCAUUUGGACCCAGGCUGGCUCAGAGAGGUGGAGAGUGGGAUGAGGCAUCCUGGCCCUGGCUGGUGUGGCUGGAGGCAGCAGGUUGGCUCCCAGUCAUCAUCUCACCAGCAUCCGAUGCCUGGGAGCUGCUGUGCCCAGUCCUAUGGGGCAGUAUGGCUGCCCUGCGUCUGGGUGAAGGGUGGAGGCCAUGUUGGCCUUUCAGUGUACAAUCGCAGGCUGGCCAUGACCAGCACCAUGCCCCUCACACAGCUGUCUGCAGCUGAGGCUGUGCCUCUCCCUGGCCUGGAAGGGCACAGCCCAGAGCUGCUCCCUGGGCCCCAGUCACCUCCUCCACCUGCCACAGGUGGGCUCCUGCCACUCUCUCCCCUCCUGCAAGGCUGCGGGCACAGGCUGUUGAGGAGUGCUGCCCUUCUCCUCACCUCCCCUCCCUGGGCUGAGCCCGCAGCACUGCUGGGCCCUCUAGGCUGGAGCUGUCAAUCUCUUCUUUAAAAAAAAAAAAAAGAAACCAACCUGUCUGGGCCACGGACUGCGGCUCCUUCCCAUGUGUGCUGUCUCUGUGGGUCCCUUCUCUGUUCUACUCUUGCCCUGCACAGCCCUGCUCAGUGCCUGCAGCUGUGCUCAUGGGCUGUGUGUGGCAGAGAGAACCUUGUUCCAGCCCUGGGGAUGUGCAAAGCAAUAACCCACUUUCUGGAGAGUUGGGUCUGUCAGACUCAUCCUUGGUUUUUUGGGUUGUGUUGAGCUUUCUGUUUAUUUCCUUUAGGAAGUCUUAAACCAGCAAACACACUGCUGAUGCUGGGGAGCCCAGCUCUUCCCCGUGCUUGGGGUUAAGUCCUGCUGUUUCUUCUGCUUGGCGUGUUUAAAGCUGCUGCAGCCUGCCCCCGUGCUCUGGGCAAGAGGAGGGGUGUGAGGCUGGGGGUGGGCAGCCCAAGCUCAGCUGUGAACUGGAACUGGGUGCAUGGUGGGGCCAGCAGGGGCUGGGGACCCAUGGCUGUCCUCGGGCACGAUCCUCUGUAGCGCAAUCCUGCUCGCUCCUGGGGAGCCGCACGCGCUGAGCUGGGGCUAGGGCCGUGCUGAGGAUCCAGGGAGGAAGAAUGGCUUCUUUCCAUUCCUCCAUAUAGUUUUUUGGUUUUUUUUUUCCUUCUUCCUCCCUCUCUAUUUUGUCUUCCUUGUCUGGGGUCUCUUUGUGUGUGUGGUCCACAGAGUCAGAUACAAGGUUAAAUAAAUCAUAAACCUCU